AUCCCAUGAGAACAUGCCGCCAUUGAGCCCCAACCACAAAUUCCCGACCCACCACAAGAUCAAGAAAUCCUCAACCAAACGGCCAGGAUGGCUGCUUCACCAAUCUCUAUGAGGAAAUCUGCAUGUAAGGGAGGAGCAACGAUUGAGAUUCUAAUGGGUGGAAGAAGAUCAAAGAAGGGCAUUCACCCUAUGUAUGCUUAUUUUGACCACCAAUGGAAAAAGGAGCAGUCGGAGAUGAUAUCACCAUUGCAGCCGCGGGGGUGGCGGCGGAGGCAGUCCCAGUCGAGAGCGUUUCCACCGAACUCUGCCUUUCUCUGCACGCACCCCGGCCCUCUCCCACCAAGCCUAUCGAUCGUCUCGCCAGCCUCCUCCCGGAUGAUGAAGAUGGAACCCUGACACUUGGGUUGUCACUGCCAGGUUCCGGUACCAGUGCUCCAACCACUUGGAAAAGAAAGACGUCGUCUUCAUGCUCGGAGGCGACGUCCGAAUCAAAGCGGUCAAGAACUAAGGCAUCAACGAGAAGAGAAGGCGGAGAUGGAAAGGUGCACCAGAGCUCUUCUCCGAGAACGAGUCUCGGAGAAGGAGGUGGGGAUGAGCUGUGGGUGAAGAAGAUGCUGAGCGCGAGCGACGUGAACUCGUCGUCGCGGCUUUUGCUGCCUAAGGCAGAGAUCAUGGAUAGCUAUGUGUUGCCUUCUCUGGAUGAGGAGAAGAAGAGGGCAUGCCAUAGCGGGAUGGGGCUGAGAGUGAAGGUGACGGACAUGGACCGCAACGAGAAAUACGAGCUGACCCUAUUGCGGUGGAAAAGCAAAAGCUAUGUGCUCACUAACAACUGGUCUGAAAAUUUUGUGAGACGGAGGCUUUUGAAAGAAGGAGACUCCAUUGAGUUGUCCUGGAAUGCUCAAAACCUGGAGUUUCUCUUCCGCAAAUCCAUAAACACUGAUGAUAAUGUUCCUCCAUCAACUUGACAAUUAAUUAGGCUUGGAAUUGAC